ACUGAACUACACCAGACACACUCUGAGUUGAGUCAGUUGCGUAUGGAGAGAGAGAGUGCUGAGUCCAGAGUCAGAGAGAUGGAGGACCGACUGGGCGAGCUACAGGAGGAGCUGAGGACCGAGAACGGCAACAAGACGGACCUGGUGACUUGUCAAGCGUCUCUGUUGGAGGUGUCCAUGUUGAAGCAGAAGCUGGAGGAUUCUCUGAGACAGAGAGAGAGGGAGCUGACGGCCCUGAAGGGAGCUCUGAAGGACGAGGUGGCCACGCACGACAAAGACAUGGAGACAUUUCGAGAACAGUACAGCACUGACAUGGAGAGACUGAGGAGUACCGUGGAGCAGGUCUCACAGUCUCAGGCGGGUAUCGAGUCAGAGCGGUUGCGUGUGAAUGCGUCGGUGCGUACUCUACAGCAGCAGCUGGAAGACUGCAGGGACGAGAGUGGCCACUGGAUGACGCAGUUCCACAAUACUAGAGAUGAACUACGGACCACCAAACAGGAGAUGCUGCAGGCUCGUCUGGAGAAAGAGGAGCUUGAGGAAGAACUGAAUGAAGUACAGGAGAGGGUCAACACCAUGAAACAGCAGAUACCAGACCCCAGUCAUACACACACACUCAACCAGGAGCUGCAGAGUUUGCGUGCCGAUCUGCAGCAGGCCCAAUCAGAGGCAGAGAAGAAAAGGGCGGAGCUCGAUAAAAAGGUCAUGGAGGUAAUCUCCCUGAAGAAGGCCAACCAGGAGCAGGAGGCGGAGCUCAAGUAUGAGAUGGACAGGCUGAGGGGCCAAUCAAAUCGAGCCAAAGAGGAUCUGGCCAAGGCCCAGGAGAGAACCAAACAGCUCCCUGACCUAUCGGUCGUGUCUGGCCUGCAGUCAGAGUUGACUGAUGCUUGUGGGGAGAGAGACCGACUGGGAGAGAAACUCUCCAGCACUGAGCAGGAGCUGCAGUCAAACACAGAGCGGCUGGCCAGAACCCAGACAGAACUAAACGCUCUCAGAGACUCACAGCAGGAGCAGGAGGCAGCUAACACACGCCUCCGAGAGAAACUCUCACGCCUGGAGUCUCAGCUGGCUUCCAGUGCAUCAGAGAGUUCGGAGGCAGAGCUGUCCCUCCAGGCGGAGUUGAGGGAGCUGAGGCAGGAGCUUGAUGAGGCCAGGAGAGGAGCCUCUCGGCUGGGCCAGGACCACCGGCAGCUCAGCCUGCGUCUGGAGGACAGGGAGAAGGAGAGGGACCAGCUCACACAGACCAACACACAGCUGGAGGAACAGAGGAGACAGCAGGAGCGGUCCCUGGACAAACUCAAUAAGGAGUUUGAGUCUCUGUCCCAGUCGUCUGGUGAGGAGGUGCAGGUUCUCAGGGCCCAGCUGGAGGAACAGAGAGAGAGAUCUCGCAGUGAGACACAGGAGGCCCAGAGGCAGGGCAAUGACACACUGGUAGAACUGGAGAGGAGCCAGACCUCCCUCAAGAGACUGGAAGAGGAGGUGAGAGAGAGGAAGGGACAGGGUGAGAGAGGAGGAGGAAAAGAGAGGAGACUGAGGAGGAAAGGGUCUUCAGGAGGUGUGUGUGUGUGUGUGUGUGUGUGUGUGUGUGUGUGUGUGUGUGUGUGUGUCGUGCGCCAGGUAUCCCGUCAGAAGAAGGAGCUGCUCUCUGUGGUUGAGGAGCGAGACAAUGUUCAGCUGGACAAGGAGCUGCUCACCAACCGCCUGCACCACCUAGAGGCUGAACUGGAGAACAGCAGGAGCAGCCUCACAGACAAGAGCAGGGAUCUCCGCAGCACGGAGGACAAGAUGAAACGACUGGAGCUGGAGCUGGAGGAGGAGAAGGGAUCUGUGGAGCUACUCACUGACAGGGUCACCAGGACCAGAGACCAGAUGGAGCAGCUGCGUUCAGAGCUGAUGCAGGAGAGAUCCUUCCAGACAGGACCUGAGCUGGACAAGAAUGCCCUAGAAAGACAUUUGAAGGAGUUGAAGACCAGAGUAUCUGAUAUGGAGGGUCAGUCUCGCUCCUCUGUAGGAGUGGCUCAGCUGGAGAGUAAAGUUCACGAGUUGGAGGAACGCCUCCACAGCGAGGAUAGAGAAGUAAGAACUCCAUGUUGUCACUCAGAACGCCUGGAGAAGAAACUGAAGGAGCUCAACUUUACCCUGGAGGAAGAGAGACACCAACACACAGAACAGAGAGACCAGCUGUCUCUGCGUGUGAAGGCUCUGAAGAGACAGGUGGAUGAGGGGGAGACUGAGGUAGAGAGGAUGGAGGGAUUGAGGAGGAAGUCCCAGAGAGAGAUGGAGGAACAGAUGGAACUAAAGGAGGCCUUACAGGGCAGAGUCACCGCGCUGGAGACUGAGCUCAAGAGGAAGGUGCAGCAGGCGCAGCGUCAGGCCCUGGACUCGUCGGCUCUGAGCUCUGACGAAGAUGAUGAAGGCCUGUACGACCCCUCCAGCAUCACGUCCAUCCUCACUGGGAGCAACCUUCACUCCUGCUGGACCAGCUCCUGCUAG